AUGCCUCGUCCGUCCAUCUCGGAAAAGAAGCUCCAAGAGGAGCUGCAGUAUGCCAUUCGCCACGACCACUUAAUACUCAACCGCCUUAUCGCGAGUCGCAUGCCGCUAUGCCUCCCUCCAAAGACCGAUAGUCCCCUCCGCUUCGCCCUCGGCCUCACGGUCUUUGGUCACCUUUACACUUCGUUCGAGUACGCGUGGGAAACACUCCUUUCGCAGACCUCAAAACCUCCCAUAUACCUUCUCGAUCUCGAAACCGACGGUAUCUCCAGACACUUGCGUCUGUCACGCGAUCUUCAUGACUUGGCACAUCUACUGGGGACGAAGGCGUCGAAGCGCCUGCAGAAAUUACACAAGAACACGAAUUACUUUCAUCAAGACGUCUUCCGGCUGUGCGAGAAGAAGCCAUACCUAAUACUUGCGUGGGCGUGGACAAUGUAUCUGGCCAUCUUCAACGGCGGGCGAUUCAUUCGCGCGGAAUUGGAGAAAGCGGGCGACGACUUCUGGGGCACGAAGAAUUAUCCGCUCGAAUUCUGGAACUUCGAGGGUGGCGAUGAUGGGGAGAAGAUUCACGAUGCAUUUAAAGAGCAUUUCGACGAUGCUGCGGAAGGUCUGACCCGGGAGCAGAAGGACGAGGUCAUCGCGGAAGCGAAGCGAAUAUUCCACGUUUGCGAGGAGGUGGUGCAUGUGCUCGACAAGAAAGUGGGCGAGGAGGAGGGACAGCAGGCUGUCAAGGCACUGUUGGGGGCUGUAAGUCCUAUGAUGGCUGUAAGGGCGAUCCUGAAAAUGUGCUCGAAGGGCUGGCGGGCUGUUGUCAGAAAAUGUACCGGGCGGGGGCGGCCAGGGAUGCUACGGGAGGAGCCUCCCAUGUCCAAGAAGGCUCGAAUGUCCUCCUGA